GUAGGAGGUUUGCGCAAAAGCAGUUAUCGGCAAUAGCCCGCAGAGACCACAUGGUCGUCGUUAUAAACCGCGAGCGAUUUUGUGCGUUGUGUUUAUAGUUAACAAAUGAUGGCGCUUUUAGUGAAUUCAACGCAAAAUGUAAUUCGAGAUACGUACGAUUAUUAUUUGUGGACUCUGUCACUUUCCGAUAAACGCACGGUUGGUUGGCCGCUAGUCGAUUCACCUAUGCCAACAGUUGUGUAUACAUUACUAUAUCUAUUUAUUGUGUGGAUUGGACCUAAGAUCAUGAAGAACAGACGACCAUUCCAGUUGACCUGGUUGUUAGUGCCCUACAACUUGGCAAUGGCUGCUUUGAACGCAUAUAUUGCGUUACGGCUUCUAACGGCGUCGUUUAGGCUUCGUUACAGCUAUAUAUGUGAGCCUUGUCGACAAAGAUACGACCCAGAUGAAUUACAAAUUGCAGAUGCGGUAUGGUGGUAUUACUUCUCGAAACUUCUAGAGUUUUGUGACACAUUCUUUUUCAUUCUGAGGAAGAAAGAUGAACAGCUGACAUUCCUUCAUGUUUAUCAUCAUUCUACUAUGUUCUCUUUCUGGUGGAUUGGUAUCAAAUGGGUGCCGAGUGGAUCCACGUUCCUGCCAGCGAUGGUAAAUAGUGGUAUACAUGUACUAAUGUAUACUUACUACGGCCUCUCUGUAUUUGGGCCAGCCGUGACCCAAUAUCUCUGGUGGAAGAAAUAUCUGACUAUCUUACAAUUGAUCCAGUUCACUUGCGCUCUUAUCCUUGGAAUCAAUGGAAUCAGAACAGGCUGCGAAUUUCCCUUGUGGAUGCACUACGUCCUCAUCAUCUAUAUGAUAUCAUUUAUCGUACUUUUUGGAAACUUCUACAUGAAGGCGUACAUUGCUAAGGGAAGCAAAUGUAUGGAAGUAAGAUACGGUCAAUGCUUAGACGACGAAGAAACUAUUGAAAAAAGAAAAUUAAAGAUCAACUAAAUAUGUAUGCGUAAUUAAUUAGUUUUAUUUAAUCGUCAUAUAAGUUUACAGUAGCUAUUAUUUGACCUCAAGUGUAAAAUGUUUAAGAGUUUUAUUCUUAUGACCGCCAUGUUGUGUUUGAGUCUGGAGGCAUUCAAUUUUACAUUUGCAAGAAAUAUAGUUAUUGUAAAGUUA